UCAAAACAAUGUUUAUAUUUAUAUUUAGUUAAGAAAUUUGCUUGCAUCACUUUUUAUACUCCUCCAAAAGAUGGGAAAUCCAUUAAAAACCAAAGAAAUUACGCCCCUGUAGUACUGAGGCCUAACCGAACCAUGGCCAAAAGAAUUGAAUUAGGAAUAUUCCUAAUAAUAUUCUUUACUGUGUUCUUCCUAUCUGUUAUCAAUCUUCUGAUCAUAAACUUGGAGGUAGUGCAAAAUCCUCCUGCAAAUUCGGCCUGGCUGAUCCACGCUAUAAGAAACACGGCUGGCUAUUUAACAGUGUUCCUACCGGGCUAUUUAAUAUUUAAGUACAUCAAGACAACCAAUUAUUUAAGUGUGAGCGGUCGAGGACCUAUAGGAGCCAUUAUAAGAACAUGCUUUAGUGAAGAUGAUCUGCUUUUAUCUACAAACCCAAAACACGAGCCAACAAACAAUAGGACGCCCUUGGGCAAUGCUCUCUUGCUGCUGUUUUACUUUUUCGGACUGCAACUUAGCUAUUUAUCUUGGGGAGUCUUGCAGGAAAAAGUGAUGACGCAGAAAUAUGUUACCGCCAAUGGGGACAUAGCUUAUUUUAAAGAUUCUCAGUUUCUAGUCUUUGUCAAUAGAAUAUUAGCGUUUGCCAUGUCUGCCUUGUUGAUAUUAUGCAGCAGACAGCCUAGGCAUAGGUGCCCUUUGUACAAAUAUGCUUUUUGUUCCUUCUCAAAUAUUAUGAGCUCUUGGUGCCAGUAUGAAGCUUUGAAAUAUGUUUCGUUUCCACAUCAAGUUUUGGCCAAGGCAAGCAAAACUAUUCCUGUAAUGAUAAUGGGAAAAGUAGUUUCUAGGACUAAGUAUGAAUUUUAUGAAUAUGUGACUGCCGGUAUUCUAUCUGUAGGAAUGUUAUUUUUUAUGCUAGAUUCUGGUAAUGAUAGAGCUAAUAGUACUGCUACAACUUUUAGUGGUGCCGUUUUGCUUAUUUCUUAUAUAGUUUUCGAUAGUUUUACUUCAAACUGGCAAUCCAAGCUUUUUAAAACUUACGAAAUGAAGCCCAUUCAAAUGAUGUGCUUUGUCAACUUUUUCUCUGGCAUAUUUACAUUUGUCUCAUUACUGCAACAUGGGGGCUUAAUUGAAUCUAUUAGGUUUAUGUUUACUUAUCCACAAUUUGUAGCAGAUGUGGUUAUCAUAUCUAUAUGCUCUGCUUCAGGGCAGUUGUUCAUUUAUAACACUAUAGAUGACUUUGGCCCUUUAGUUUUUGUUAUUAUAAGUACUAUUAGGCAGUGUUUAUCGGUUUUGUUAAGUUGUAUUAUUUAUGGGCAUGUAGUGCACGUAAUGGGUGGAAUAGGGUUGUUUUUGGUGUUCUUUAGUAUAUUAUUAAAGAUAUAUUGUGGGCAAAGAAUAAGAAAGAUCAAGCAACAAAGUGCUAGUCUGUUAAAAAGCUAGUUAUUAAGUUAUUUUAGCUGCAAAACAUAUUUAAAACUUCUGUGUAAAAUUGUGAUUAUAUUUAAUUUUUAGGUGUAUUUGACCAAAAAAUUGUUUUAUUUAUUAAUAAAAGAAUUGGUUUCUA